AUGGCGAAAGUGGGACCCGCGCUGGAAAUUCUGGAAUCAACCCUAAAAGUAGGUCCUAAUCAGUUCCCCGAGCUCAUGUCCCAAAAUGGGACACAAUUCGGGGCUCGGGAACAACACAAUAUCAACAUGCAACCAAAACCCGGAUUUUCUCAAGAACUAGAAAUGGGACAGCAGCUGAAUCAAUUUUCAGCAUAUUUCGGAAACUUAAAAACUCCGACGAGGCGCUCCGAACUCGUUUGGAACCCCGUGCACGCAAACGAGAUAUGCAAACAUACCAAAAUUGAUAUUCCGGACUCAAUGGCACAGUCAAAAUUUCCAUCAGAGUAUAUUGUUGAAGAUAUUGAUAUAAUUCCUCAAGUUUGUCGGUCAUGGCAAUUGGCUUGUUCUGACCAACUUCUCUGGAAAACGCUGGAUUUGUCAGUAAUGCAGUCAAAUUUUGUUAGAAUUACAGUACCACCGUAUGUAUAUGUCGACAGUCCAUCUCGUGAAAAAUUGACCCACCUCCUAAAGAUUUGUUUGAACCUUAGUCGUGGAAACAUACUGACAUUGAUCUUCCAUUUCAAUUUGUAUGUUGACAACAAUCAAUUGGCUUAUACUGCCAAGAGGUGUCCAGGGCUUAAACGCCUUGUUAUGCCUGCUUGGGAAAAACUAGAAAAGGCAACAAUAUGCAGUGCUUUUCGUAAAUGGAAAGAUCUUGAAUCACUGACGAUGCCUAGUUUAGAAGAACCUGCAUAUAUCAUCAAGAAAAUUGGAAGGAGUUGCAAAAAACUUUCUGAAUUGAAGAUUAUGGGUCCCUGUGGUAUGCUGUUGGCCUCUACACUGGUAUCAUUUCUUCCGAACUUGAAAGUGUUUAGUGUGAGGUGUACGGAGUUACCUAAACCUGCUUUGGUUAUUCUCUUAGAGGGAUUAAAACAGUUGAAAGUGCUCAACAUAUCGCAUUGCAUAAUUACUGAAAACCUUCCUCCACCUGCACCGAUGAAAAUUCUGACCGAGCUUGAUGAAUCCAUUCUCGAAAAAGCAUCUAGGUUAGACAAAUUCCUAACCUGCAUGAGUGACUCAUGCAUCAUGUGUCAGCGCACUCGGAAUGAUGAAGGGUUCAUGAAGUGGUAUAAGUAUGCAGACCUAAGUCUCUUGCAAUUUGUAAACUUUAAGAAUGUUUUGCUUCAUUAGUUGAAGGAGCAGUAUAAUGUGUAAACUUGUGUGUAUGAAACACAAUAAAACCUUGUAAUGCUAUUUCUGUGUUGUAAGUCUUCUCUUUGACAGGGCGGUUUUCA